AUGAUUAACAGAGUGUCUGUGCUCGCCGCGAGUCUCGUCGUGGCGGCUCCCCUUGGACUCUACGUGCUCUUCCUCGGCCUGAGCGCGAUCCCAUACUUCCAACGCCACUUUUUGUAUGCACAUAAAAUCCACACGCUUUGGUGGGGGGACAUCAACGAGCCAGAGCAAUGGGGCUUUGCCAAGAACCAAGUAACCCCUUUCCACAUCACCACCGCCGACAACCUGACCCUCUACGCCUGGCACAUCCUCCCCAUGACGCUCUACGCCCAACACGAGUCCAAGCUCGUCUCCCAGCCUACCGGCUUCUGCCCCGAUAUCACCGCCACCGAAAACUUCCGCCUCCUCCGUGACGACCCCACCGCUAAGCUGAUCAUCUCCUUCCACGGCAACGCCGCACAGCUCACCCAGGGCCAGCGCCCAGCACACUACCAUUCCCUGACGGCUCUGCACUCGCCCUACCACCUGCUCGCCAUCGACUACCGCGGCUUCGGCCUCAGCACGGGCCGCCCGACGGAGCGCGGGCUCGCGCUAGACGCGCACGCGGCCGUCGCCUGGGCGACGCGCGUGGCCGGCGUGCCGCCCGAGCGCAUCGUGCUGGUCGGGCACAGCCUCGGCACGGCGGUGGUCGCGGCCGCGAGCGAGCUGCUCUCGCUGCGGGGCGGCGACGGCGACGGCGACGGCGACGGCGACGGGCCGGUGGAUUUUGCCGGGGUCGUGCUGGUCGCCGGGUUCAGCUCGCUGCCCGAGAUGCUCAGCGGGUACGCGAUCGCCGGCUGGCUGCCGGUGCUGUGGCCCGCGAGGUGGUGGCCUUGGUUGGAACGCGUCCUGAUGGAGAGGGUGGUGGAUAAGUGGGAUAGCGCGGGCAGGUGGCGGGAGAUUGUGAAGGGGGUGAAAGCGAGGGGCGGCAGGUUGAGGUUGAGCUUGGUGCAUGCGAGGAAUGAUUGGGAUGUUCCGUGUCAUGAGGAUGAUAAGUUGUUCAGGGCGGCCGUGGAGGGGUUGGUGGGAGAUACGGAGGCUGAAAGCUUCGAGAUGGAGAAGAAGAGAAGGACAGUGUCAAGGGGGAAGGAUUCGUUUGUGACGACGUGGCGGGAGGGGGAUGUGAUGAUCCGUCAGGAGCUGGUUCCGCAUGGAGGUAGGUGUCGUUCAGCCCUCAGCCCUCAGCUUGGGAACCUGUUCGAGGAGCGAAAGCCUGACGAUCCCAGGACAUAA